CAGCUUAGCCAAGGAUUCAAAUAAUGCUUGGAUUCCCAGGGUCUCUUUAGUCUGCCCGCUCGCCUCCAGCAUCAGUUUCCGGUCGGGCUCGCUCUGCAUCCGAAAAUGGCCACACCCCUGGAAAAAGCUUUAGACACAAUGGUCCUCACUUUCCACAAAUAUUCCCAGAAGGAGGGAGAUCACUUCAAACUCAACCACACAGAACUGAAGGAGCUGCUGACGCAGGAGCUGCCCGGAUUCAUCAGCAAGAAAAAGGACGAAUCGGCGUUCCAAAAGAUCAUGAGCAACCUGGACAGCAACAAGGAUAACCAGGUGGAUUUCCAAGAAUACGCCACGUUCCUCGCCUGCAUGGCCAUGGCGUGCAACGAUUUCUUUCACGGGUUCCCGGACAAGGCGCCACGACAGAAAUGAAGUGGGGCGUGGAACUAAAGAGUGGGCCAGUGUGCAAAAAGGCGGGCAGAGUUCACAGGCGUGUGAGUUCUCAUCUGCUUUUCCCCCUAUAGCAGUGCUUCUCAAACUUAGCAACUUUAAGAUGCGUGGACUUCAACUCCCAGAAUUC